UAAAACGCAUUUGUAAUGCUGAAUUUAGUGUUAGGGGUUUUGUCGCCUCGGUACCACGCGCACACACGGACAUUCAUCUAUCGUUUGGGGGUCGGCGGCAAUCUAGCGACAUCCUCCCGACCGUUUAACGCCCAGCAUUAGCUUGUCCACACUACUGCCACUGACCGGAUUUAUCCAAUAGCCCCAAUAGUUAAUUAUAAACUGUGCACCACCGGAUCAAGUACGUGUCAAUAGCAGUGGACUUUUUGUUACGGCGGCCAAAGUUAGUCAAGUCGAUUCGUGAAGAACAGCCUCGACGUACCAGCUAGCUUAAGUGGCCUCUUCGCGCAACCAUUAGAUACAUUGUCGUUCGAUACAUCUUCACGAAGCGACCCACUCUAGAAAAGUAAAAACGUGAAAUACGCUUAAAAUCUACAACGCUAGAACAGGGAAGUGCUGAUUGGUGUAGAGCGGCUAUGUUUGGUUAGAUGAAUUCAAUAGCGUAUCAAGAAUAGGUUACGGAACUUCUUUACGGAACGAAUCGUGUGCACUACCGCUAAAUAACCAUAAGAAAAAAAGAGGCUAAAGUGAAGUUGCGCCAUAUCUACUAACUGCACUCCAGUUGUGAGCUAUGGUAUCGGGAAAGAAAUUCUGUCGCCGCAAGCUGCAUACUCAGCGUUCCGUCAUUGUUGUCAUCAUUGCUGCGGUAGUCACGUCGAUAUGGCUGUACGCUCGGGACGUUCAGUUAGAACAAGCUGAUGGCCAGGGUAUCGAUGAGAGCUUUGAUCAAUACGUUGCACACCGCAAGCGGGAUACAGCUCCAGUAGUACAUCGAGGCCUGCUGGACAUUUUUGGACUGAAGGUCCGUACUCCGAAAACCAAUGCUUGGCAAACGUUAGAAACUCUUGCUAAAAAUAACGAAUUCGAAGAUACGUUGCGUUCAUCAGCGCACUUUGAACCCAAUGGAAGGUUUCAGUUCACAAAUCUUGAGCCUCUUGCAGGCCACAUUUACCAAACUCUGAAGGACUACCAGAGAUUUCUCACCAAUAGCUUGCUGCAUCUUCAACUGCUCGUUAAAAGAUUUCCUUAUAUAGAGGAGAGAAGAUUGAUUGAAGAUCGACUGAUAUCGUUAGCCAGUCAUUCGAGAGAAUACAAUCGGAUAUUACGCAAAGAACUCAAAGACUUCAUGGUACGCACUGGCCUAGCAAGGAAAUCCCGCGAAGCACUCUAUAAACUUAAGCUCAAAGUACAGACAGCAAUUCAACAACGCCAAGCGUAUCCCUGCAGCAGGACAGUGAAAUGCAAGCUCACAAACCCGUAUGGGUUCGCAUCAGGAAUCCACGAUGUGUUAUGGUGCCUUAUAAAAGGAUUCCAGGACAAUAAACGUGUCGUUCUCGACACAAAAGACUGGCACUACCUAAACGCAAAUUUUACUUGGAAUGAAAGUUUUCGACCUCUUGAUGAGUCGGAUAGUAGCAAAGAAAAUUGUUCCAAUUUAGCCGAUGACCCCACUAUGCCGGGGCCAAACGGUCAAGCUCGUCUGUCUAUCCAUACCAUUCCUGUUGAUGUGGCUGAGACUCUUGUGCGUUAUCACCAGGAGCCCUACGCGUGGUGGUUUGGGCAGUUUAUCGGAUACAUCUUACGGCCAUCGAGCCUCACGGAAGAACUAGUGCAACAGGCCAAACAGCUACUAGGCUUUAAAUCACCAAUAGUAGGCUUACAAAUUCGACGAACAGACAAAUUCUCCGAGGCAGCGUACCAUGAGGUAGAAGAAUAUAUGGAGCAUGCCGAAGAAUAUUAUAGGAGUCUCGGAGCUAACAUACCAAAACGAGUAUUUGUGGCUACAGAUGAACCCCAGGUACUCGACGACCUCCGAGAAAAUUUUCCUGAUUUUGUGUUUAUCUCAAAUGUCAGAUCGGCAGAACUUGCCAACGACCUUGACACGCGAGAUUACCCUGCUUCGUUGCAAGGCCUAAUUAUCGAUCUGUUUCUCUUAGCCCAAACGGAUAAGCUAGUAUGCACCCUUUCAAGUGGGGUGUGCCGUAUUGCCUAUGAACUCAUGCAGGCCCGCCGCACUGAUGCCACUGAUCAGUUGGUAUCGUUGGAUGUGUCCUAUUUCUACGCUUAUGUAGCCGCCCCCCCAGUGAAGGCUAUAUACGAGCACGAGCCGGUCGAUAAACGGGGGCUUUACUUAUCCCCUGGCUAUUGCGUUGCCAAAACAUCGGAUACCUCGAUCGUGCAGGAGUCAGUAAAGAAACCAAACUAUAAUGGGUUUUCCGUUGGUAUUCUUUGUGGAUCUAACCUUUUGGCUGGAAACUAUCCGACAUAUAAAACGCUGCCUACAGUAAGAGUGAAUGGAACAAACACUGCUCUGUUUUAAGCGUGUUCGGUUACACGCUUUUCCCACUAGAAAGUAGAACCCCACUAGACUGUAUAAUAGAUAGACAUCCUGCAAACGCAAAAGUACUUGCUAAUCCUUUUUCAUCGAACCUGUUUUUCCAUUCCAACUCAGAGUAAACUCAACUUUUAUAUAUUUAAAGUAAAAAAACUUCGGUGACUCAAAUAUUUUUGCUUUUUUUCUUUUUUUUUUAUUUAGGAGAAUGAGAUAUUUUCGUUGCGUACAUUCUUAUACCUAUGCAUCAAGUUUCUGUAGAUUUAUUAGAACUAUACAAUAUAUAAACUAGCUUCUUUAAAGGGCCGAUAAUCGUUGUUGGUCCGAUAACCGAUUGGUUUAUCACUAUCUCGCACGUGUACUCUGCUCAUCAACAGCACGACAUAACAUGGCAGUAAAGGCAUCCUCAAUAUAAUAUUACAUUAUAAUUAAUACUGAAUAGCAGUUAUGUUGACAGUUUUUUUUUCUAUAUAAUGAUCAAUAUUAUGUCUCAAAGCAUAACAUCAAUGAUUGCAGAAAGGUGUAUUGUCACAGAUGCUAUACCAAAUGUUCCCCGCUAUAUUAUUAUGGUCAAUAGAAAUAGGACAAGCUCGCUAUUUUCAUCCAUAGAAGUAGACUGAUCGGCCAAACGGAUUCGAUCGAUUACCUUUGCGGAUGUACGGGUGUAUUACUUCGAAGUUGCAUUGCACCAACGAGUUCUUCGACGAAACGAAAAAAGCUGUAGUAAAUCGUGCCAUCACUAUGUUUUUCGUCAUAAAUAAGCAGGCUAUUUUUCAUUCGUCUCUAUUGACGCACACAUCUUAUCGACUGAGUUAAUUUCUAUCUUUGAGGAACUUUGUGUGAAGUUCGUUAUAUCUGAUACCAUAUUCUAAGGCGUUGUGGAAGGCUCAUGUUUAUCUAUGGGAUAGGGGACGUCUUAGAAUACAGCUAUCGGUUUACAAUUUAAUAAAACUUACAAUUGACCUGUAUGCUUUCUUUAGGAAUAGGCUACUGUGGCCUGGCGCAGUCUGCGUUUGUCCUAUCAGCUUCACGUCAAUAUACCUACAAAAGAAUGAUUUUGGCCGUAACAAAGCGAGCGAGCGAGCGAUCAAUCUCCUAGGUUUUAGGAUUAGUAGCCUUCGUUCCUCAUCUAAUUAAUAUGAUUCAAUGCAACGAGUCGGCUGCCUACUUGCUUCUAUUCGGCCGAAGGCUGCUGCUGUUCGAUACUGUUACAAUGACUACAAUAAAGACCUGAUAUCAUAAUUCGUAAUAGACAUAUUUCAUCUCAUGCUAGAAGCCAGCCAUCUAAAGCACGCCGAAAAUACGAUACGUAAAGCUCGAAACAU